UGCCUCUCGCGUCGGCGCGGCCAUGGCUCUGCGGCUGCUGCUCGGAGCGCCCGGGGCAGCGAGGGCAUCGCUGCUUGGCAGCUCUCUGAGGAGCACCAGCUCUAAGGCAGGAGGAAGACCUGAAUCUGCCAAGCAGCCGCUCAGGAAACCGAAGCACCCAGUGGGACGAUUUGAUGAACCAGAGGAGUCCAGUUUAGAGAGGGAACCCCUGGAAAAGUUCCCUGAUGGUAUCAAUCCUGUGACAAAAGAGAAGGGUGGACCAAAAGGCCCUGAACCUACGCGGUACGGAGACUGGGAGAGAAAAGGUCGCUGUAUAGAUUUCUAGUGUGUCAGUCUGUCUGUAUUGCUGCUGUAAUGUCUCUAGUUGCUGACCAAUAAAGUAUACAGAAAAGUCCCA